AUGAUGGCCAUCAUCGGCAUGUUCUUCCAGGACGGUCUGACUGGCUCCGCCUGGGGCGACUGGGCGCUCAACACGAUCCCCAUUCCCCGCUGCCCCCCCCCCGGCCGGGCGCGGUUCAGAUCUAGCUUGGGCGUGCAGGACCCGGUUGGCUUCUGGGACCCGGCUGGGUUCACGGCGGAUGGUAGCACGGCUAACUUUGCCCGCCGGCGCCAGACCGAGCUGAAGCACGGCCGCGUGAGUAUGCUGGCGACGAUGGGCUACAUCACCCCAGAGAUUACCGGCAAGCUGCCAGGGUACCUGUCGCCGUCCGCGGGCCUGAAGUUCGCGGACAUCCCGAACGGGCUCGGUGCGAUCUCCAAGGUUCCUGCGGCGGGCUGGGCGCAGAUCGUGGCAUACGGCGCGUUCUGCGAGCUGUCCCAGGACCAGUCCGCUGGCACCGCUGCCGCGGCGGGUGACUUCGGCUUCAAGGUGCUGACGUCCAGCGACGCCGGGGAGAAGCAGAAGAAGUUAGCAGCUGAGAUCGCCAACGGUCGUCUGGCCAUGAUGGCGAUCAUCGGCAUGUUCUUCCAGGACGGCCUGACCGGCUCUGCCUGGGGCGACUGGGCGCUCUACACUGGAUCCCCGCUGCGCGCGUUCGAGAGUGAGCUGGGCGUGCAGGACCCGUUCGCGGACAUCCCGAACGGGCUCAGUGCGAUCUCCAAGGUUCCCGCGGCGGGCUGGGCGCAGAUCGUGGCGUACGGCGCGUUCUGCGAGCUGUCCCAGGACCAGUCCGCUGGCACCGCUGCCGCCGCAGGCGACUUCGGCUUCAAGGUGCUGACGUCCAGUGAUGCCGGGGAGAAGAAGAAGAAGCUGGCGGCAGAGAUCGCCAACGGUCGCCUUGCCAUGAUGGCUAUCAUCGGAAUGUUUUUCCAGGACGGCUUGACCGGCUCCGCGUGGGGCGAUUGGGCGCUCUACGCUGGAUCCCCUCUGCGCGCGUUCGAGAGCGAGCUGGGCGUGCAGGACCCCGUGGGCUUUUGGGACCCUGCCGGGUUCACAGCGGAUGGUAGCACGGCGAAUUUCGCCAGGAGGCGCCAGACAGAGCUCAAGCACGGCCGUGUGAGCAUGCUGGCGACGAUGGGUUACAUCACGCCCGAGAUCACCGGCAAGCUGCCUGGCUACUUGUCGCCUUCGGCUGGCCUGAAGUUCGCGGACAUCCCGAACGGGCUCGGGGCGAUCUCCAAGGUUCCCGCGGCGGGCUGGGCGCAGAUCGUGGCGUACGGCGCGUUCUGCGAGCUGUCCCAGGACCAGUCCGCUGGCACCGCUGCCGCCGCAGGCGACUUCGGCUUCAAGGUGCUAACGUCCAGUGAUGCCGGGGAGAAGCAGAAGAAGUUGGCGGCAGAGAUCGCCAACGGUCGCCUUGCCAUGAUGGCUAUCAUCGGAAUGUUCUUCCAGGACGGCUUGACCGGCUCCGCGUGGGGCGACUGGGCGCUCUACACUGGAUCCCCGCUGCGCGCGUUCGAGAGCGAGCUGGGCGUGCAGGCACCCGUGGGUUUUUGGGACCCUGCCGGUCUCUCGAAGGACGGUGACGCUGCGGCGUUCAGGCGCCGUCGGUCCACCGAGAUAAAGCAUGGCCGCGUGUCGAUGCUGGCUACGAUGGGCUACAUCACGCCCGAGGUCGCUGGCAAAUUCCCAGGGUACCUUAGUCCGUCCAAGGGCCUUGCUUUCAAUGAUAUCCCGAAUGGCCUGGCAGCCAUCUCUAAGGUCCCUUUCCUCGGGUGGCUUCAAAUCGUCAUCUACUGCCUGUACGUCGAGGCGUCCGGCCUCGGCUUCAACUACAUCGGCACUGAGCAGACGCCAGGCGAUGUGGGCUGGAAGCCGCCCCUGCUCUCUGGUUUCGAUGGCGAGGCGAAGACGAAGAAACUGAACGCGGAGAUCGCCAACGGCAGGCUGGCGAUGAUGGCGAUCAUCGGGAUGUUCUUCCAGGAUGGUCUGACUGGCAGCGCAUGGGGCGAUUGGGCGCUCUACACGGAUUCGCCGCUACGCGCCUUCGAGAGCGAGCUUGGCGUGCAGGCUCCUUUCGGUUAUUGGGACCCAGCCGGCCUGAGCAAGGACGGCGACACUGAGGCCUUCAAGAGGCGCCGCGUCACUGAGAUCAAGCACGGGCGUGUGUCCAUGUGGGCGUGUAUGGGCUACAUCAUUCCCGAGUACUUCAAGUGGCCAGGCUAUUGCUCUCCGUCCAAGGGCCUCCAGUUUGCAGACAUCCCGAAUGGUCUCGCAGCGCUAUCUAAGGUUCCAGGCGCGGGGUGGGUCCAAAUCUUCCUGUUCUGCGGUUUGCUUGAGAAGGGCUUGUUCGUGUACGACCCGUCGAGGGCCCCAGGCGACUACGAGAACGGUGGCGUGCUGGGCGUUCCCAACGGCAGUACUUUGCCUGCUGGGGAGCUCAAGUCCCGCAAGCUGAAUGCCGAGAUCGCGAAUGGACGGCUGGCGAUGAUGGCAAUCAUUGGCAUGUUCUACCAGGACGGCUUGACAGGAUCUGCGUGGGGUGACUGGGAGCUGUACACUGACUCGCCCCUGCGAUGA